GGAAACUUCUGCACUUCUGCCAUCAUACCUGCUCACUUCUUCCUGGUUCUUUUCUUUUGAUUUUAUUUCUUAUUCUAAAUUCCUCUUCUCAUCCAUUCCUGGGAAUUACGCCUUUCUAGCUGUCCUGCGGUAGCUUGUCAUACUUGGUCGGUUAAACCGACGGCACUCCCAAGUCACCGUCACCUUUACGCUCUGUAUACAAUGAGCUCCCACGUCGUUGUCCUGGAUUCAGCUGCUCGAAGAGCUACAGUGAAGACUAUACCGUCUAGGCAUCUAGCUGAUAUUCUGCAAGAAGCAUGUUCCAAGUUGGGUCUCGACCCAAGCCAGUAUGGACUAAAAUAUAAGGGUAAAGACCUUGACCUCUCCCUUGCUUUCCGUCUCUCCGGCCUCAUUUCCGGUGCAAAGCUCGAGAUAGUUCAACUGUCACGGUCUCCUUCUGUCGUCACGGUCGGCCUACAGUUACCAGAAUCCGAAGCGAGAGGUACUCCAAAUGGACGCCUUGUCGACAAAUUUCCAAGCACGACAACAUUAUGGCUUGUGUUGCGGAAGUUUGAAGCAGGAGUGGCCGGUAACGGGUCCACUAGGAAUCUCACAGCGCGAGGUGUGCCUGCCACAAGCAACGGCGAGUCAGGGCCAGGUAGGCUGUUUUAUGAGAUGCCGGUCGUUCAGGUCAUGGGUCGCACGCUGUCAACCUUCACGGAUCUUCAGAAAUCGCUUGCGCAACUGGGAUUCAAUAGUGGGAAUAUCCUUCUGAGACUCAGCUUCCGAAGGACAGAGGAUCCGCUCGAAGAGGCUAUGCUUAAAAUUGAGGACUAUUUCAAAGCAGUUGGUCAUGAUAUUCUUACAGCGCAGCCAUCUGCCAUUUCCAAGACAAAAGCGCCAGCUGAUGCUCCAAAUAUGGUGGGGCAACCUGAGGAUCCUCUACCUGACAGUGUCUCCGGGGCCCCUGUUACAUCAACACAGUCAGCUGAAACCUUACCUACAUCAUCUGCCACUCCUAUUCCCGAAGCAUCUAUGGCACAAUUCCCCUCAUCUCGCCCCGUGACCGUCUUCUCUCCCCCAACCGGUAACACUCCUGUCUCCGCACAAGUUGCUCAUAACGAGGGUGACUAUGUACCCACAAUGGACCAGGCACAAGCACAUCAAAGGCGUCUUAACCUUCACUCCCGACCAACACGUCUUCCUUCAGACGCAGAAAUCGCUGCUAAAUUGGCCGCAGAGCAGGAAAGAAUUGCAAACAUUAAGACGGUUGAUGUGAAGGUCCGGUUUCCAGACCAGAGCCAGGUAGUUGCAAAAUUCGCGAACCAGGAUACGGGGAGGUCGCUAUAUGAUUUUGUGAGAACUUGCCUUGCGGAGCCGUUUGCUACGGAAAAGUUUACUCUUACAUUCUCACCCCAAUUUACAGGGCCAGGUCUAGGUGGGAGGAAGAUUCAAACCGUAGUCUCGGAAUCAGAGAAGUCCUUGUUGAUCAAGGACCUGAGAAUGGAGGGUCGAGUCCUGGUUAAUUUCUCUUGGGAUGCGAGCGCAUCGCCUGCCGUCCGGGGUAGUAAUGCUGGUCUACUCAGACCGGAACUUCGAAGUCAAGCACAGGAGCUUAAGAUAGAGCAGCCUCCUGAUGUGCCGGAGGAACCGAAAAGAAGCGUCGCUGGGAGCAGUGACGCUGAUCGUGGUGAAGGACGAUCCGGUGCGCGGAAAGGGGGUGUACCGAAAUGGCUCAAGUUACCUGGGAAGAAAUAAUAGUCUUGAUACAUGGCUUUCUUUGCCUUUUCCUUUUUGACGAUCUUGUUAUGUAUAUGAUGUUUGCUCUAAUGAU